CAAAACAAGAGCACGAGAGCAGUGUGGCUCGAUUUACCACAGGCUCUUCCUUUUAAACAUCGUUUUCGUUUCGAUUUGAUUAGUCAUGAAUAAUAAUUGUUCUUGUUGUUAAUAACAUCGAGGAAUGGAAAUGUGUCAACUGCUGUACUUUGUGUUUCUGUUCUGCUCUGGUUUGGUGGACUGUUUGUCUGUUGUUGAAGAGUGUAUAACAUCUAAUGGAGAGGACUAUAGGGGAAUGCAACAGAAGACAUCCACAGGGAAUAUCUGCCUCAACUGGAAGAGUCUAAACUCACAGACAGAUGUUGGAGAUCACAAUUUCUGUCGCAACCCAGAUGGUUCAGAGAAGCCCUGGUGCUAUGUCUCCGGGUCCGAUGGAGCGACCAGAAAAGAAUCAUGUGACAUAAGGACAUGCCAAGACCAAAACUCCACAGAAGCCACGGUUCCAAAAGAGUCUGUCCCCACUCAGGGACUCACCCCAAGAAUGGUGGAGACCUUCGAAAAUGCAGACUCCUUCCCCUCGCAGGUGGAGGGUGUGGCGGUGCAGCCCGUGAAGGGAGUCCGCCAGCAGGUCAGGAGUGGACCCAAGAAGAAGAAAGACCUUGGAACUCUUGGUUAUGUUCUCGCUUUCUUCAUGAUGGCCAUUAUCAUCCUACUUGGAGGUGGCAUCACAAUGGGAUACUUCUACAAACGGGGUCGUGACCUCAAGAAACAGCAUGAGCAGCGGGUUUAUGAACGUGAGAUGCAUCGCAUCACUCUUCCCCUCUCUGCCUUUGCCAAUCCCACCUGCGAGCUGGUGGACGAGAACACCAUCGUCAUCACGGCGGAACCGAACAACCAGACCCCCACUCAGGAGCCGGUCGAGGGAGCCGACCCCCUUAUGGGGACGGCGGGGACCCCUGGAGCUUGAUGGAGGAACAGGAUGAGCGCCUGGAAAGGCGUCUUGUUAAGACUUGUCUAUGCAGCACUGCAGAAUCUGUGAGGACCAAACCCCACGUCCACCUCCCUCUGCCUGUUGUCUCUUUUCUCUUUACCUUGCCUUUACAGCACGGUUUCAUGGUAAAGGCAGGGCAUGUGCCCUGAGAGAGCGGUGGAAAGCUUUUUUUUUGUCCCAGACAGUGUCCUUAUUUCCUCAGCAAAGUUGUUGAGGAAAGUAGGACAUGUGGGGAUACACUGGAAAAGGUGAUAUGGUGGUUUUGUAUUAAUAUGCAUGUCAGGGAUUCGCCUGGAGAAAAAUUGCAAGUACUUUUUGUGCAUAUCAUCACAAGGCAUGAAUUUUACCUGCUUGUUGAACUCCAUUGAGAGGGCGACAGUCCAGUUAACAGCUCCAUGUCCUCUUAUGAAGUGUCGAUGGAUCAGAUCAUCUGAUGUUCUGGAGUUUUGAAAGAGAAGACAAUCCAUUCUUAUCUUCUUUCCUGCCUUUUUCGUUGUUUAUGUUCCUAAUGCAGUUGUGGUGGAGAGUUGAAACUGAAAUUGUACACGUGUAACUGAAUCUGUUGCUCUACAGCUGGGCUGGUCAUUCUUUAGGGAGUUUUGGUUAGCAACUACAGCUAAUUGAGUUAAUUGCCUUUGAUAGCUCAUUCAUAUUCAUUAGGCAGAUCAUGUGGCCUGGGAUGCUAGAGCUAAGCUAGGUGAAGGUUUUGACUAAAUGAAGUGGAAAGCUUUCCAGAGAUCUUGCCUUGCCUUAGUAAAUUACAUUUGAAUGUAUUGUUGUUCCUGUGGCCACAAUCUGAUAAGGAGCAAGUGAGUGCUGUCAUGACUUCAGUAAACCAGUCAGAGUGAGUCUGAUUAGCGGUCUUUGGUUACAUUUUCUAUAUCAGUGUUCAUUUGUUGCUGACCAUACAGAUGGUCGGAAAUAAGACGAUGAACUUUAAAGCAUGAACCUGAAACAGAGAGAGUACAAGAUGACGUAUUAAAAUAAUGUACUAUGGUCUCAUUUUACAGAGAUUUUUGUAUUGUUUUUUUUUUUUUUUGAUGUAUGCAUUUGUUUUCCCAUGGUUGAUUGUCCAACUGCU